UAUAUGAUGGUUAGUUGCUGAUUUGAUCGUUGGAUUGUCGAUGAUCAUGAUGAUGAUGGUCAAAUGUUUGGUUGGUGAUUUUUUGAUCGUGUAACUUCGACGUAAUGAAAUUCGUGAAAAUUCUUUGAUUGCAAAAAAUCCAAAGAUUGUGUUACCUGAGUGUUACCUGUGUGCGUGUUACCAGUGUAUUCCGUGUUUGUCAUUUGAUUUUUGAUCCCGACGAAAAUCCACGAUAAACCAGAAAACCAAAAAUGGAUAUCUGGAACGAUGAAUUUCUGGAUCAAUAUUUAAAACAUUCAACAAAUAAUUAUUUUGGUUUAAACAGUGUUAAUGGAAGUUUAUCAUCAUCUUCAUCAUCGACAACAUCAACAUCGACUAUAUCACCAUUAAUAAGAACAGGUGCACCAAAUAUACUUUGUACUGAAUUACCAACACAUUGGCGACUGAAUAAAUCAUUACCAUAUACAUUUAAAGUGAUAAUAUUGAGUGAUUGUAACGGUUUACAGAUUAAAGAUGGUACAAUCGUACAGGUAAAAGCAGGUAAUGAAGAAAAUUGUUUUGGUGAAAUACGUAAUGGAAUGGCUGUCACCAAAAAUGGUGUAGCAAAAUUUCAUGAUUUACGGUUUGUUGCCCGAUCGGGUCGUGGUAAACAUUUUUCACUUACGAUUUUGGUACAAACAAAACCAAUGUUAGUUGCAUUAUAUCAUAAAGCAAUUAAAGUAACUGUUGAUGGUCCACGUGAACCACGUUCAAAAAUAUCGACAAUGACAACAACAACAACUAAUCAUCAAUUCCAUAAUCAAGGUAACAUUAGCAGAAAUGUAAAAAAUAAUGACAACAAUGGUCAUGGUGGUGGUGGUCAUUAUCGACAUAAUCGUAAUCUUCAUAAUCAUGGUCAAAUAUCGUGGCCAUAUCCACAACAACAACAACAACAACAACAAAAAUCAUUAUUAAGGCCAUUCAUUGAUGAUAAUGGAAAUGGAAUAAUUUCCAAAUCAUUCGAUAAACAAAAUAGAAUACCAGGUGAUAACUGUAAUGAUAUUGAUGAUGGUAUCGGUGGUGAUCAACAUGGUGGUUAUGAUGGUGGUAGUUGCGGCCAUGAUGGUGGUUUACCUCAACAUUUAAAUUCGAAUAAGAUAAUUUUGAAAAAAUCACCAUCAUCGACGAUAACCAAAUCAAUUGCGGCCAUGAUGGGGGUGGUUUACCUCAACAUUUAA